UACUUGGGAAAUCAGUUCGUCGCUACACCGCUAGUCGAAAUGCUUGUGUCUCGGUCGUUCUUCUGCAUAAGACAAGUUGUAGAUUGCUUAAAAAACAGUAAAAGACUGAUAAGUAAAUCAUGCACACCAGGGACGGAAAGCGUUUCUCAAUUAAUAUCCUCCCGAAAAGUUAACAGAAAUGUAGAAAUAAAGGGAUGGGUGAAAGCACUAAGAAAACACAAAGACGUUGUCUUCUUCGACGUGGUCGACGGAAGUUCUGCAGCAAAAGUCCAAGUUGUGCAUCCCGCUUCUGCCGCUCAACCAGAAUUGAGCUACGGUUGUUCAGUAAAAGUAACGGGAGAGGUAAUUCCCAGCAGGUCCAAGGGACAGGACGUUGAAAUUCAAGCAGACGACGUUAUCGUCCUGGGUUCAUGCAAUGUGGAGAAGUUUCCGUUUCGCCCAAGAAAAAGUUAUCCCAUCGAGCAUGUGCGGCAGUACUUUCACCUGCGGCCUCGUCUGUCCAAGUAUGCAGCCCUUCUGCGCAUCCGCAAUACAUCUGCAAUGGCAGUUCACUCCGCUUUCCAGGAAUCUGGAUUUUACAAUGUCCACACACCCAUAAUCACUUCGAAUGACUGUGAAGGUGGUGGUGACGUAUUUACGGUUUCACCUCUGAGGCCACUUGGAACCGCUCCAAGGACAACACCAGAUGGCAUGGAAAAGGGAUCAGACAACAGACAUUUCUUUGGAGACCCAGCUUUUCUGACUGUAUCAGCUCAACUUCACUUGGAAGCGUUAGCAAUGUCACUCUCGAAGGUGUACACCUUCAGUCCAACAUUCAGGGCAGAGAACUGCAACACGAGACGUCACCUGUGUGAAUUUCAGAUGGUAGAAGCGGAGGAGGCUUUCAUCGACACAUUGGAGCCCCUACUUCAUAUGACAGAAAAGUUAGUGAAAAGCUCAUACAAGAGCAUUAUCGAUGCCUCUCCAGAAGAUAUCCAUUUGGUUUGCAAGGAUGAGGCACCCAAUUAUGUAGACUCUAUAGCUAAGGCAAUGGACAAGCCGUUUCAUCGGCUAACAUACGACGAAUGUGUGGAUUUUCUGUCAGACCAGGCCAGCACACUUACAUCUCCAAUCAAGUGGGGAGAAGACUUCAAGGCUGAACAUGAGCAGUUUAUUGUCUCCUACUGUGGCAAUCAACCUGUGUUUGUCACCCACUACCCAGCUUCUAUCAAGCCCUUCUACAUGAAACGUGACUCUACUGGAAGAAGGCAUGUUGCAGACUUCCUUUCGGCAACGCGAGGACAGAGUGUUCCUUGGAUGAACAACACACGGGUAGACAGCACAAACACAGCGUGAAACAUCGACUGACGUUUAUUACAAAGACAACACUACCGAGGCUGGCCCCCAUUCUGAUCUGGAGCUCAUUCUCUCUAGGGGUGAGAGUCUUGCUGCUUACAGUGCUAGAUGUCUUACCUUGCCUUAGGCCAGGAUAUGUUUCAGAACAAACACGCUGUACUAGUCUGUGGUUGUUUCCAUGGCCGUAUCGACCAUUGAUGCUCGACUGGCAAUCUAAAGAUGUGUAGUUCAAAUUCCGGCCGUUGUCUCACUUUUUUAUUACUAAUAUUUCAAUUGUUUCCGAAAGACAGGAAACUUAUUCUCACCGCGAAUCCGUCUAUGCCUACUUGGAUACAGGUGAAACAAGACAAGUAGUGCGCAGACAUAUUGUUGACGAAUGGUUCAAAACAAAUCAGUAGGUGCUCAUUAGCCUUGGCUUGUCAACGAAGUACAUCAAGCUGAAAGAAGGAGAGGUUCCAUCUGUAUUUUCACGGAAAUGUAAGGCACACACCUUUACCUCCACUUGGCCUUCCGGAGUACAUCUUAUUCCGGCUGCGGGAAAAAAAAAAGGAGAAGAAGAAACAUAGAUACGAACCCAUCUCUCAUCGGAUAUAUCACCUUCAGACUUCCACGAGAUUUCCGAAUCGAACAUCUUCAGGCGUUCGGAAUUGGCCGUGUUUAUCCCAUUCAACGGGCAGCCGCACAUGGAGCUCGAGAGAUAUUUGACGUCACACGCUCCUCAGAUUCUCCCGCAAUGCUUUGCGGCAGCGGGCACGCUCCAUGGGCGAUCGUGUCGGGUGGGCGACCCAGAGGGCUCGUAAUCGUCAAAAUUAUGCCCAUCCGUACACCGUGCUCACAAAAUAUUGGUGGCACCAUAAUACGUAAGAUUUACACCUUCUUUGGAUCCCUUCUUGCAAUUGACGAAUUUCGCUUCCAUUGUCCUUUAAAGGGAGACUCCGCACCAAAAACGUGUUGAGUGCGACACCAAUCCAUACCGUAAGAUAUUUCAGUGAAUACAAUUUAUCAUCCUGGUGGUGGUGAUGGUGAAAGGGCUCGCCGUUGUCGACCUCACAGAGGUGGGCAACGUCACGACUGACGCCCUGGGGAAUGUGCAUCCUGGGCCGACUCCUGCGGGAACUGUGCCGACAUAUGUGUUAAAGCGUCUAAGGAAAAACAGGAAAACCCACAGACAGCACAACCGUCACCAAGAUUCGAACCCAGGUACCUCCCAGUCUCGACGUGACAUGGCCAGCACGCUAACCACUGAGCCACGCGAGCUGGUCAUCCCCAAGUGGCACAGAUAAUUAGAAAAAGGAAUAUUUUCCGUCGAGUGAUUAGGCGCUCCUAUACGGAAAAGCAGCCCAGCAACACUGGGCUUCAGCUCACCGGUAUUCCUCGUGUACGGCUUACUCUAGGUUUCGCUCUUAGUGCUAGUGAAUACUUUAGAACGAAAUCGAGGAAACAGAUGACUGGUCAUCCAUGUGGCACGAAGAAGUUACAAAGCGCGUGCCUGAAAAACAGGCGGUGGUCCACACCAGAGUACCGGAGUACUUCGAAACUCACGAUCACAAUCAUCUGAUAAGGCGUGAGUUCGGGUCUUGUUACGAACUGACGUGAAGGUCGACAUGGUGUAUCGGUGAGCUCGAUCAUGUCGCAUAUUAGUGCACUCACCGGAUAAUAUCCCACUGAUAAACAGAGCAAACGUGAGCAAAAGAGAGAACAUUCAGAAGUUUUGGUUUCGUUUGAGAUUCCCAGCCCUUUUGGCAACUGAAGAGUUCUCGAUUGCCAAACCAACUUUGUUUCUCAUUUUUGAAGAAUGUAUCAAACUUAUUUACACAGCCGUUAUAAUAGUUUCGGAUUGUCCUGAGUCUCCCUUUAAACGUAAUUUAUUUAACAUAUUGUUCAUCGACUACAAGAAAUACGUAAAUUAUCUAGUCUGAAUUAUUUCCAUAAAGCUAAAGCAACAAUCAAAAGCAAAACCAUACUACUUGUAAUGUAACAGUUCCUGUCUGAACUCUGUCCAGAGCAAUGUAAACAAAGAAAAAAAAAACACCUGUCGGUCAAUGAGGCUUUCGGAGGACUCCGGAAGUGCCAAUUUGGAGAAAUGUGGUUGGUGGAUUCAAAAGAUUCGAUUCACCGUUUUGGGCACUGGGAUUCGGAUUCCCGAAUCUCGAAUCCCUGCCUAGGAUUCGUGGAUUCGAGGAUUCGCAGAUUCGAUUGGCACAUCCCUACUCGUAAGCUAUGGCUUAUGUAU